ACGAAUCGCAGGCGAGGUCGAGGGAGGCGAGCGAGAAACAAGAUCGCGCGAGCGUCAUCGCGACCAAUCGGCGACACUUUGCGCCUCUCGGUCGCAGCGUUCGGAUCGCAUUGUCCCAUUGAUCGUUGGGCGCCUUUUUUUUCCGCGAUCGUCCUCUAUUUUAUUCCGCGCGAAGUGUUGAAUCGCUCCGCCGAAAUCUCCGUAUUUCGAGGACCAUGUCGGUAAUCUACAGGAAUUCGAUGAACGCCAUCGGCAAGUUCGUGCCCGAAAGACUGCAGCCUCUGUGGAAACAUCCAGCUGGUCCGCAGACCAUCUUCUUCUGGGCACCGAUUUUCAAAUGGGGGCUCGUCAUUGCCGGCCUUGGUGAUCUACGAAGGCCAGCGGAGAAGAUCUCCGUCAGUCAAUCUGGUGCCUUGGGCAUUACGGGGUUGAUCUGGACCAGAUAUUCUUUAGUCAUCAUCCCAAGAAAUUGGAGCCUUUUUAGCGUGAACCUCUUCGUCGCGUUUACGGCUAUAUACCAAAUUACGAGAGCUUUGAGGUAUCAGUACCAACAAGAAGCUCUGGAGGCUACGAAGGCAACUCCAUCAAACGCUCACUAAUGAUAACUGUACUAGAUAUACAUUCCUAGGGGACGAAAAUAAGAAUAUAUUUAAUUUUUCGCGUUUUGCGAAACGUUCACGUUAUUAUUUAACUUGUUGAGACGGAUAGUCUAGUGACAUCUAGUGUAUCUGACCAAUAUAUCUUAAUAACGAACGAGAAAAUGUAAAGAUAAUCAUCAAGUUAUAUUAACUGACUUAAACUUCUUAGAAUCGUAUAUACAUGUAAUGUAUAAUUGCGUUUAAAGAGAUAGAUCUAUUAGCAAAUCAGGCAUUAUAGACAUUUCUAAAUAGGGCGAAUUAAUAUCGUCUGGAAUAACAGAAGAAGACAAUUCUAAAAAGACAUUUAAAUCGAUCUGGAGCAACAAUCUAACAUCUGAAAUUUCAUUGGCGUCGUGAUUAGGACGUCUUCUAAACUUCUUCGAGAUACCUUUUACUUAUCGCAUAAGACGAAUCGAAUGGAACAAGUUACAAGUUUUAUGUAAUGUCGAUUGAGUUUUUUGGAUGCCAAACUGUGAUACGUAUGACGCAUAAUGUUUGGUCGUAACGUUGACGUUACGUAAGAAAUCAAUAUUGUACGGUUAGAUUAAGUAUAACUACGAUCGACUGGAAUCUUGCCAAAUCUUGCAAGUAACGGACAUUGCAAAUUUGACCACACGUAUAUACUGGUCCCAUCGAUUGUACAUACAUACACAUGUCCUCGGCCGUUAUGCGUCUUGUGCUUUCCAUCUCGCGAUGUAAGAAUGCCCACGGUGCUUCCGCCCGACAUAUCGACACUAUACGAUGUUUCAGAGGAGAAUGGACGAAUGUACAAAUGUGUAUAUCUCACUUAUUAUUGCUGUAACUGCCUCGCUCUGAUUAGUUGAAAUAAAUUAUGGAUAUUUUUAAUA